GGGUAACGAAAACAAGUAUGGUAUGGUGACUGAUGUAUUUAUGUAUGAUGACAAAUGUAUGGUAGUUUUAGCGGUUUUUCCUAUACAUGCGUUUGUAGUAGGAAAGGAGGGAAAUCUAACCUUAAAUG